CUUUUGCCCACACCCUCGAAUUGCAAUGCGAGUCGCUUGGGCGUGUCUUCCACUUGCCGUGGCGGUAUUCGUCGUGCUGGUGCGAGUUGAUCGCCAGAUUGAGCCUGUCGCCAACUACUGGCCACCGAUUCCACCCUUGACCGGCGUUCUGGCGCCAAACAACCGACUCGACCCUGCCAAGCAAGAACUGCUGGCAAGCAACAUUCCAGGCCCGGAAGAUUGCGUGCAUGAUUUACGAACCGGAACCUUGUACCUUUCGGCUUCGGACGGUUGGAUUUAUUUCAUCGAGGCGCCUGUGACUGCGGCAUCAGCCCCCAAGAAGCUUGUUUACACGGGUGGUCGCGCGUUAGGACUGGCGAUGGACACGCCUCGCAAUCAGCUCGUUUUCGCAGACAAGCGAGGUUUGAUGGCGGUGGAUCUCACGACAAGGCAGCUUCAUUGCCUGGUGACCGAAGUGGAUGGUAUUCCGCUUGGUUUGACCGACGAUGUGGCUGUUGCUCAAGAUGGCACAGUGUACCUGACGGAUGCGACGCGACUGGGCCUCGGAUCGGAAGAAGUGCUCACCAUUUCGGCGUUGGAGCUUCUGGAGGGUCGUGGCUCGGGCAGACUCGUCAAGUACGACCCGGCAACGCGCACAGCGACAGUGCUGAUGCGAAAUCUGUUGUUUGCAAACGGUGUGGCCUUGUCCAAAAACGAGGACUUUCUCGUCGUUGGCGACAUGGGCCGGGCCCAGAUUUUGCGCUUGUGGCUCAAGGGCGACAGGGCUGGCACGCGCGAUGUGUUGAUUGACAAUCUUGUCGGCAUGGCUGACGGUAUCUGGACCGACCCGGAGGACGGCACGUUCUGGGUUGCCGUCUUUGCGUUCCGCGACGGCAUGUCCCAGCUUCUCUCGAAAACGCCCUUUGUCGCGAAAAUCCUGGCAAAUCUGCCGGGGUGGAUGCUCCUGCCUGCCAUUGUUCCCAGCCCGUACAAUCUUGUUUUGCACUACGAUGCGAGUGGCCGGCUGGUUGAAAGUUUGCACGGAACAGGGCAGCACGCAAUGCCUGUGACAUCCGUUUCUCGAUUUGACAACAAGCUUUUCCUUGGGACGCUGAUUGGCAAUGGCAUUCGUGUGCUCCAGCUGUAGAGGUUGUGUGCAAAAUGCAGCUGUGCUUCGAAAGUUUCG